UGUGACAAAACUUUGUAUCGACAUUUACUAUAAUUUACAAACAACUCGCCAUAAAAUUGAGGUUUCAAGUGUUUUUCGUCCAAAAUAUGGCUCAGAAUAUUAAUCCAGUGCAAUCUCACUCUUCAGCUCCCGUUAAAUUCAGCGAGGAAAGCAUUAAAUUAAAGGAUAGUCAUGCAGUAAGCAAAAGAUUACAGAAAGAAUUGAUGGUGCUUAUGAUGUCGUCUGAUAAAGGAAUAUCAGCAUUUCCAGAUGGCGAGAAUUUGUUUAAAUGGAUUGGAACCAUUAAAGGCCCCGCCGACACAGUAUACUCCGAUCACACAUACAAACUGUCACUUGAAUUUCCAAAUUCGUACCCUUAUUCUGCUCCUGUUGUCAAAUUCGUUACUCCUUGUUUUCAUCCAAAUGUUGAUCUUGGAGGCACUAUCUGCUUAGAUAUUUUAAAAGAAAAAUGGUCUGCUCUAUAUGAUGUCAGGACCAUUUUAAUAUCAAUUCAAUCAUUGUUAGGUGAACCUAACAAUGAUAGUCCGCUCAAUUCUCAAGCUGCGGAGUUGUGGCCUGACCAGGCGGAAUACAAGAAAUAUUUAGACGAAUAUUAUGAAAAGCAUAGAGAAUGAAUAAAAAAAAUUUUAGGUGAACGUCCCAAAUGUGUUCAGGAUAUUAAGUCAGGGAUGGAUUUCCGAAUAAUUGUUUUAUUACUUUUUAAUUUUAACCUAUUGUAAAAAUAUAUUUAUUUUAUUUUUAAAAUGUGUAAUUUGCUUUU